AAAAGGCAGAAGCAAAGAGUAGUGAAUCAAUAUUCCUGGAAGAUCAUCUUGUCUUCUCUAAUUCCCAGUUAGAAUAUAACUGUUUCCAUCUCUCCCGUACCUUAUUCCAGUUAAUAUCUCCACCCACUUUUAGCUUCCCACAUAUUAACAAAAGUAAACGUUGAAAGCAGAGAAAACUUAUUGCGCUCAAUGAAAAUGUUAUCCACUGCUGGAGGUGCUUUUUUUACUGUUGUUUUCGAGAGGCUGUUCAACAAGUUAGAGUAGUAAAUCAAUAUUUCUGGAAGAUCAACAUGUUUUCUCUAAUUUCCAGCUAGAAUAUAACUGUUUCCAUCUCUCCGCCACCUUUAUUCCAGCGGAUAUCUCCACCCACUUCUAGCAUCCCACAUUAAAAAGGAAAGUUGAAAGUAGAGAAAACUUAUUACACUCAAUGGAAAUCUUAUCUGUUGUUGGAGGUGCCUUUUUAACUGUUGUUUUCGAGAGGCUGUUCAACAAGUUAGAGUCUAGCAGAGCACUGAAUUUACAAAAGCAAGUCCUUACUAAGCUACGACAAUGGGAAAGCUUAUCAUUGAAAAUUUCUGCCUUACUUGAAGAUGCAGAAAGGACUCAAAUGUUCAAUUCCAGCCACUCGGUGAAGAUAUGGCUUGAUGAUAUCAGGGACUUAGCUUAUGAUAUGGAAGACGUCCUAGAUGAAUUUGUGAUGGAUGCCCGAAGGAGCAACUUAACUGCAAAACCUAACCAUGCCAGCACUAGCAAACUCAUCCCCUCAUGUUUCAACUAUUUCAAACAAAGUGAUUUUGUCUUUGAUUCCCAAGUUAUUUCUAAGGUGGAUGAUAUCACUCUCAAAUUGCAGCACAUGAUAGAUGAAUCAGAGAAACUCCGCCUAUUGAGUUCGACAACUCAAGCUAGAGAUGGACUUAGCAAAGCAUCUACAAGAAGAUUGCCCACUACUUCUCUGCCUGAACAUUAUGUUUAUGGUCGAGAAAAUGAUAAAGCAGCUAUUCUUCAAAAGUUGCUCAAUGAUGAAGGCAGUAGUUCUAAAGGAUUUUGUGUUGUUCCCAUCUAUGGGAUGGGAGGUGUCGGGAAGACCACUCUAGCUCAACUUGUUUACAACGAGGUGAAGCCAGAAAGCUUUGAGCUUAAGGCCUGGGUUUGUGUAUCUGAUCAAAUUGAUAUCCCAAGCAUAACAAGAACUGUUCUGGAAGCAGUUGGGGGGAAGUGUGAUUCAAAUGAUCUGAAUUUGCUUCAACAAGAAUUGAACAAUAAGUUAUCUAACAAGAAGUUUCUACUUGUACUGGAUGACAUUUGGAAUGAGGACUACUCCCUAUGGGAUAACCUACAAAAACCAUUCUUAUCUGGAGCAGCUGGAAGUAAAAUAAUGAUCACAACUCGUAGUGAGCAUGUUGUAGAAAUUAUGCGAGGGAAGGCUAGAGCUCACCACCUAGAAGUGUUGAAGGAUGAAGAAUGCUUGUCAAUAUUUACUCAACAUGCUUUGGGAGCUGACAAUUUUGAUGCAUACCCAGGUCUAAAAGAAGUUGGAGAGAAAAUUGUUAAAAAGUGCAAAGGAUUACCACUAGCUGCAAAAGUUCUCGGAGGCCUUCUGUGUGAUAAGUUAGAUCAUUCUGCUUGGGAACACAUCUUAAAUAGUGAAAUAUGGCAGCUGCAAGAAAGUGAAAGAGGCAUUCUUCCAGCUCUAAGAUUGAGAUAUUAUUAUCUUCCUUCUUGUUUGAAGCCAUGUUUUGCUUAUUGCACUGUGUUUCCUAAAGACUAUGAGUUCGACCAGAACGAGCUAGUUUUGCUGUGGAUGGCAAUGGGGCUCCUCCAACAACAAGAUUCAGAAGUAGAUGGACAUCGAUAUUUUAAUGAGUUAGUUUCAAGAGCAUUUUUUCAAAGGUUGAGGAGGGGUGGAUCACGGUAUGUGAUGCAUGAUCUCAUACAUGAUUUAGCUCAAUUUGUUGCUGGAAAAACAUCCUUCAAUCUAGAAAAUUUGUGGGAGGCCAAUAAAAAGCCAAAAGUAAAUUUUGAGAAGAAUAUUUUCGAUAUUCAAGAUGCUAGGGAAGCCAGCCUAGGCAACAUACUUGGUCUUGAUGAAUUACUCUUGGAGUGGACUUCUGAUUUUAGUAAUUUAAGGGACAUAAGCAAUGGUGAAAUGCAGGUUCUAGAUUGGUUAAAACCUCAUUCAAAAUUGAAAAGUCUCAAAAUUGUUUUCUAUGGGGGCCACAAAUUCCCAUUAUGGAUGGGUGAUCCACUAUUUUCCAAUUUAUCAUACUUGGAGCUCAGAAAUUGUCAGAGAUGCACUUUGUUGCCAUCACUUGGACUAUUACCUGUUCUCAAAAGCUUGAGUAUUGAAGGCAUGAAGGCAAUAGAAGCUGUGGGUCCUGAGUUUUAUGGACUUGGCACUUUUCCAUCACUUGAGACACUGGUGUUUUGUAAUAUGUUUAAUUGGAAAGAAUGGGCUUCUCCAACAGGAAGUGGAGGUGAAUUCCCUUGUCUCCUUAAGCUUGUGAUUCAAAAUUGUCCUGAGUUGAUAGGACAAUUACCCAGCAACCUAUCUUCCCUCAUAAAUCUUGAGAUAGAUGGAUGCCCAGAGUUAAGAUGCUCUUCUAUGAGUCUUCCGUUGCUCCGAGAUCUGAAUAUUACAGUUUGCAAUGCUGCUCUUUUGAAGAGCAUGGUUGAUCUCACCUCUGUCACUAGGUUGGGAAUUCAGAGAAUUUUAGAGCUAAAUUGCAUGCCUAAGAGUUUUGUGGAGUCCCUGACAAUGCUUGAGUCUCUAAUUGUUCGUAGUUGUGAAGAACUUACUUGUUUGUGGGAGGAAGGAAUAGAAAUAGCAAACCUUGCUCAUCUUGAGAGAAUGGAAAUUCGUGACUGUCCUCUGCUUGUGUGUUUGGCAGGGAAAGAACGAGGCCUCCUGCCUUUCAACCUUAAAAAUCUUCACCUUGAAAACUGUGGGGAAUUGGAGUCAUUGCCCAAUGUGCUGAUGAUGAAAAUGGAUGGAGGUAGUAACAACAUCUUAUUUACACCUGAAAAUUUAACCUUCAGUCAUUGUUCUUCUCUCAAGUCUUUUCCAAGAGGCAAAUUACCCACCACAAUUAGAUCAUUGUGCAUAUCGAAUUGUGAAAAUCUUGAAUCUCUACUAGAUGUUGACAACAACAAUCUUAAAGAUUUGCAACUAGAUGCACUUUCAUCUCUAAAUUCUUUUCAGGGUGGUCAAUUGCCAGAUUCUCUUGAGUCUUUUUUUGUUCAAAAUUGUAAGAGGCUAGAGUCCUUUCCAGAGAGGAUGCUGCAACGUUGCACCAGACUUGAAGGCAUGGCUAUAACUCUUUGUGACAAAUUGAAAAGCUUACCCAUCUUUAACGGCAACGGCAACCUUGUUAAUUUAGAAAUCAUGAACUGUGAAGUUUUAGAGUCCCUCCCAGAGCUGGGCUCAUCCAUCCCCAAUCUAAAGUUUUUGUUUAUAGCUAAGUGUAAGAGUCUCAAGACCCUGUCAGAUACCAUAUACCAGUUGCAAUUGCUUCAAGGCUUAUACAUAAGAGACUGCCCCAGUAUCAAGUGCAUUACAGAUGGUGCUUUGCCUGCAAACUUAACAAGUCUUGUAUUAUAUUGUGAGAAUCUCAUGUUGUUACCAAAUAAUGUGGUUGAGUUGAGAUCGCUCCAGACACUAUCCAUUUCAGAUGGGCGUUUGUUGGUGGGAUUGGACCUCCGCAACCUUAGCUCUCUUCAGGAGUUGGCAAUUAGUCGGACGUGGCCUCCUGACAUUGUGUUGCCAUCUUCUUUAACUUAUCUUGGGAUCAUUGAUGUAGAAAAUCUGAGAUCCAUAUCGAAAGAGAUCCUUCACAGCCUUAACUCUCUUCGAGGGCUGCAUAUAUCCAAUUGUCCGAAGCUUCGGACCUUGCCAAGGGAAGACUUGCCUCCCUUGCUUGGGUAUCUCAGCAUCAGAAACUGCCAGCAUCUAAAACGGCAACACUUUGAGGCAAAAGGAGAUUAUUUGCAUCUCACCCGUAGCAUUCCCUACAUUGAGAUAGAUCAUGGUCAGGUUAUGUAUGGCUAGCUAGUUAGUAGUAAGAACCAAUUCUUACUUGAAGUUUUCAUGAAUCCUACAGUCUACUCUUCAGGUAUGGUAUAUAUAUUCUUGGUUUUGAUUCUGGUUUAUGCUGCAUUCAAUUGCCCCAAAAAUGAUUUAUGCUUUUCUGAUUUUUGGAAAGAGAUUGAAUGGUUGAAACUUGAUAAUUUUCUUAUGAAAGGAACAUGAAUACCAUUUAAUUUCUGUUAUCUUUUUUAAAUCCUCUACUCCCUCCUUGUAGUUGCAACUAAAGGCCUUACCAUUAUGAUUCUUAAUUUAGUUUUAGUUCCAAUCAAAUUCAAAUUCAAAAAACAAAAGCAAUGAAUUUGAAUUUUAAAUAUGAAUUUUAAUUCUGUAGGACCUCACAUUUUCCAUUAUAAAGAAUUGGGAGAUUUUUGAAACAGUGAGGUGCUGAUUGAGAAGGACAUACUCAAUUGUACCUUCUUUCUUGCCUGGCAAGUGAGUUUUGAAACAAUGAGGUGCUGAUUGAAAGCAAAUAUGACCUUUGCUGAAUUCAACAAGCUUGUAAUUUGUCCAUUUCAAGCUGCAUUUUUUAAGAUUUGCUAUCCAACUUUUAUCUUGGCGUGAUGAUUGUGAUGUUGUGAUUUAUUGUUGUUAAGAAUCUCUAGUCUUGUCUAGAGAGAGGAAAACUUGUAAUUUUGCUAUUGUUACUAUUUUAGUAGUGGAAGUUUUUUGAGGUUCCGUGAUUUUUUCCUUAUGGGUUUUUCACCUUAACAAAUUCAGUGUCUUGAU